AUGAUGGAUUUCCUCCGAGGUUUCCUCCUGAGCGCCUUUUUUCUCUGCCUCUCCAGCGCGUUCACGCAUCAGGAUAUGAAGGACGCGCUGCUGCAGAAACUCGGCUUGGAUGAGAUUCCAAACAUCCAUAAAAGGGAUUUGGAGAACCUGGUGGUUCCGGCGCACAUCAGGAACAAGUACCUGUCCAUGCUGAAGCUGCACCGCAGCAGGAGACGCAGGUCCCUGCCCAGUCUGGCGGGUAUUCUCAGGGGCAUUCCGGGCAACGCGGACAUCUCUGGGGAGUACGUGUACUCUGACACCACCCGGCACCGGAUGGUGUUCGACAUGGAGGCAAGGAUCCCGGACAACAGCGAGGUGACCAUGGCCGAGCUGAAGCUUUACCAGCGGGCGUCCUUCCACAAGCGCCUCACCCUGGAGAGGAAGCACCACAGGCCGGUCAACAACGCCCGGGUCAGCAUCUACUGGGUGCAGGAGCUGCCCAACGGAUCCAACCGGACAUCACUUGUCGACUCACGGUUGAUCCCCAUUCAUGAAACUGGCUGGAAGAGCUUUGAUGUGACCCAGGCGGUGCAUUAUUGGUCCAAGAGCCAGCAGAAGACACCUAUGCACCUGGAGGUGUGGAUCGAGGGCGAGAGACCCGGCAGCUACGCGGCAGAAAUGGCCAGGAGUGUCCGCUUUACCACCCAAGAGCAGACGGACAACACCUUGGGGAAGCCAGAGCUCAUCCUCUACACACUUAAUCUCGAAGAGUACGGAUCUCGCGGUGACUGCGAGCUCAACAAAAACAAAGACACCUGCUGCAGAGAGCAGUACUUUAUCAACUUCCGUGCUCUGACCUGGACCCAGUACUGGAUCAUCGAGCCCGCCGGGUACCAAGCCUUCAGGUGCACCGGGGGAUGCAAGCAGCCCAAACGCAACUACGGCUACGGCGAAAGGAGGUGCUCAGUGUCCGAGAGCGCCCCCUUGCCCAUCAUGUACCUGGUGAAAAAGGGGGACUACACAGAGAUCGAGGUGGCCGAGUUUCCAAACAUGAUCGUGGAAAGGUGCUCUUGCACCAUGGACAAUGUUUCCAUCGUAUGAACACGACUUGAGAGCCGCUAUAACGGUUCUGUUAUAGCGAAACAUAUUUAACAGUUGUGAGCUUCUAGUACUUUCUAUUUAAAUGGUCCACAACCGGAGUUAAACACUGCUGAUCCUUGACUCCUUUUACGAGCACUUUUUAAUAUAUAUAUUUUGUACAUUUUGAUAUCCCUUUUUUACUCUGAAUGCUGAAUCAUC